AUGUCGGCCGCACUCUUCCAAAACGAACUUAUGGGCCGCACUCUGCUCGCGACAUUCCGCACAGAAAAAACAAUGCGCAUCCACGAAGGCCUCUCCAAAUCCUUCUCCUACGCCGAGCAAAUGUGCGGCCUGGAGAACCUCCGCGUAUGGGAAGAUAACGACACAGGCGCCAUCAUCGCCCUAAUCCAUUUCUCCGCCGACUUCCGAAAUGGCUACCUAGCCUUCUACCUCAACUCCUCCGUCAACCCUAUCAAAGUGAAAGACGGUGGGGACAGAGAGGUGAAGAUCAAAGGGCUGAGAGUACCGAUUGAUCGGGGCGAUCGCGCGAUGAGGAAGGACAGUUUUGCAGAAGCUGCCACUGCUUCUGUUACAGGGAAAGGUAAGGAGAAAGUAGGGGCUGGGAAGAGUGUGGACAAGGGGAAGGUUAUCAGCGGGGCGAAGAUUGAGUUUGCGACGGAGAUGGAGAAGAGGGAGUUUUUGGAGAUGUGUAGCGAGAUGCAGAGGGAGUUGAUUGAGUUGCCGGAUUUGUUGGGGGUUAAUUGA